ACACAAUUUUCUCCCACAGACGCCCUCCCUUCCCUCCCUCACACUCUUUCUCUCUCUCUCUCUCUCUCUCUCUCUCUUUUUCUGGAGGAGGAACACAGGGAGUCCAGGUUCCGCCACAGUUCAGCUCAGAGCACACGAGGCUCCAUCACUCAGCCUUUUCUCUCCAGCACCAUCUCUCUCUCUCUCUAACCGGAUAACUGGAACUCAUGGAAAAUUCAUGAGCGCAGCUGAGCGUGAUGGAAAACGCUGACCAGUGUAGGUGCACAGACGUUAACCGUUGAAAGUCUGAGGACCACCCUGUGGUUCAUGCCUCAACAACCUGUUAAAAUCAACUCUGCGAUGCCAGAGGAGCUCCUUAAAGACACCAUGACAGUUCCCACAGCCCCUGAGAGGUCACUCACAGACAAAACCAACAACAAUGACCCGCUGGUCAGCGCAGUCACCAUCCCACUGGUCACAGAGGGCCAGCUUACGGCAGCCACGGGUGGGGCAGAGCUUUCCUGCUACCGGUGCACGGUGCCUUUCGGCCUGGUGGUCCUCAUCACUGGCAUUGUGGUGACGGCUGUGGCCUACAGCUUCAACUCCCAUGGCUCCACCAUCUCCUACUUUGGCCUGGUGUUGCUGUCGUCUGGCCUCGCUCUGCUGGGCCUCAGCGCUGUCUGUUGGAAGGUCCGGCUGGAGAGGAAGAAGGAGAGACGGAGGGAAAGCCAGACAGUGCUGGUGACCAACCACAGGAAUAUCUUCGCCUGACUUGGCCGUUUGAGACUUUGGAUUUUUCCAAAGACUCCUUUCUUUUUCACGUCACUUCUAUUGCAUAAGCAAGUGAGUGCGGAGAACUUCGCUCGGGGAGUUGUGCCUUGCUUGACCUGUGACCUGCAAGAAAAACCAGGCUGUUAUUCACUUCUCCUUACAUGCAAGUGCUUUAGCUUCAUCACAGUGAGAGCAGCUGCACAUAGUGGUUUUACUCUCUUGAACCUGGAGACUGGCUGACAAGCAAGCUCAACCUUUAACCUACAUUAGGAAAAACAUGCUGCCCGAUCUUAGCUGCAGCUGUACAUAGUGGAGAAAAGAAGCCAACCUGGAGACAAGCAAGGCUUAAGGUGGAUCCCACAGCCUGUUUACUGAUACAGAUCAAAAACAUUACACAUGUACUAAGAAAAACAUGGUUAGUCACUCCUUGAAGGCUAUCUGGGAGAGCAAAAGUUCUUCUGCUUCAUCACCGUGACUGCAGCUGCACAUAAGAGAGAAGCCUGUGUAAUGACAAAGAGUGUUACACAUGGGGUUUAGCCGUAGGAGUAUGUUUCAUGACAGAAAAUAGGCCUACCCAUGCUUUGCCACUACUGUGAUCUUUCAUAGGCACGGUUGCGAAGUUGGACAAAUUUCACGGGACAUUGGCAAAAAUUCAGCCUAAGGAGAAACUGUAGCACACAACUAAGGCUGAGCAGAAGGUUAAGUAUCUUCAGCUGUUUAACUGUGUUCACAUAAAUUCCAUAAUGCUUUUCAGAGCAUGCAAUGGACACCAUCAGGACAUAAAGAACAUUGACCAACUGAAUGUUUCAUUGAGAAAAAAAAAACAUAAUUAGGCCGAUGUAAUUGGAUUUAGUGAAGUAUGUGAAAAUCAACUUAUGUUCCAACCUAUUAAACUGAAUAGCCUAAUAAUCUGAUAACAAUCAUAGAAACUGUAUAUUGUGAUGGUCAUAAUGUAUCAUGAAACUGUCUGGAAGUAUUGUGCUUAAGCUGCUGAAUUUUUCUAACGAAAAAGGUGAAAAUGACCCACCAAAAAAGUUCGAAUUUUUUUGACUUCACCACUUGAAAACAUGACAUUCCACUCGGUUUACAGAAUACAGAAAAAACGAAAGAAGCAAAAAGGAAAUACAGAUACUAACCGUAGCCACAGUUUUGUACAAUGAAGAAAGAAUGGACAAACGACAAAUCUAAAAUACAAAGCAUAACUAUAAUAAUGAAAUUCAUUGCCUUGAAUGACUAAGCCUUCUCUGUUGUUGAGGACAUAUUGUACAAAUUGCCUGUGCUUCAGUUUCGGCAAACUAUUGUGCACCGAUAUUUGUGAUGUAAUCUUUUUGCCAUAUAGCCCACCCCCACACGUCUCUACUGUAGCACGGCUGAAAUUACUGAGAUUUGCUAGGAAGAUUUACCCUAUUGCAUGUGCCGUAUGCGCCAGCAUUAUGGCGAAAAACAGAAUGCACAGCAAUAUGUUGCCUCAAACUACAUCAGUGAAGUUAACUCAGUUACAAAAUGUUCCGGUGACGAUUUAGGCCUAGUCCACAUAUAUCCAGAUAUUUUCGAGGAGAGUUUUUUUUCUGUGUGAUUUGGCCUCCUUUCCAGUUGAAAACUGUUUUGGUCACUAAAACGUUUUUAUGAAAACACCUUCGAAGGUGAUUUCUGAGAACACUUUUUCAGUGUUUUUGUGUGGAUGGACAAAACAGCUUUUUGAAAAGACACCAUGGCAUCACUUGUGCGCGUCUGUAGCUGCUUUCCUUUAUUAAGUAUGCAGAACUUUGUCUGAAAAAUGACCGAUGAAUUGGGUAGUUUCUGUAUACGUGGGGCAGUUUGAAUGUUUUGCACUCAGUUCCUUUAAAUGGAGUGUCACCUUAAUUGCAAAUAUUACAAAAUACCUAUGUGAUUCUGAAGGAUAUGCGACUUGAUCAGGAACUAAAGUUAAAAUUGAAAUUCUAACUCCAUCGUGCUCGUCAGGACUUUGUGGAUGUUUCAGAGAUGGUGGUGUAGCCUUAGCAAUCUAAACAAACAUUUGGAAAGCAGGAGCUUUCUAUCACUUUUUAAGCUUGUAUUUUCUAGCAAAAGUCAGACUGUGAAUCUGUGUGAAAUAUCAAAUUUUGGAGGUCUCCUGCCUUGCAAGGUAAAGUUUACUGUGUUGAUAACACACCGCUGUCACUUUUUUGGAAGAUGUCUGCUUCAGCUAUUGAGCUUUUGCGCAAUGCACUUGCUCACAGUAUAAUUUUAGGACGGUGCUGGCUGGCAUGCUUACGUGAGCACUGCUGGUGAUUUUUUGAAAACGGAGAAGAAAACAACGUUUUUGAAAAUAUCCGGAUAUGUGUGGAUGAGCCUUAAUCACGGAUGCUUGCUUAAGUCUUGCAUAGGCCACGUGUACCUUGAUCGCGUUUUACUGCAACCUUGUGACUUUUCACAUGCUUACAAAGUAAAUAUCAUUUAAAAUUGUUAAUGAAAUCUGUAUGCUAAAAUUUCUCAUUGGACUGCAUAGAAUUUCCCCCCCGGCAUUCUCUAAUGCUUAUUGAAUCUGGCAACAGUUGCUAUGAAAGAAUGCAUUUGUGGGCGGAGCAUGGUCCAUUUCACAGUGCUUUGUCCUUAUUCCACUGAUAACAACAUUAGCAUGUGGCGGGAAAGAGGCCACUGGGUGGACACGCAGGCCGAGGCACUGAUGGAUGCAGUAGCUUGUGGGGAAUAGGUGAAGGGGGUGUGAGGGGUUAAGGAGGUGAACAGGGCGUUUCUGGGGCUUUUGGAGACACAUACAGCUGUUUCCAGAUAUUCUGGAGAAGCCUGAAUAAAUGGCCGGAUCGCAGGAUGCUGACCUUAACAUGCUUCACCACAGCCCCGGCUUUGAAGAGAAGCGGCAGGAUUUUUAUUCCUUCCUUCCCUCCCUCCCUCUUUCUCUCUCUCUCCCUCUUUCGCGCACGCUCGAUCGCUCUGUACUGUCAGGCAGAUUGUUUGCAUCUGGCUAGCUGGGAAGCGAGCCAAAGAGAAAGUUUUAGAAUUAAGACGAAUAACUGCUGUACAAACCCUGAGAGAGGAAGAACCCCAUUAAUCCACUGCUGCUUCCUAUUCUCUCUCUCUUUCUGUCAAAUUAAUGGAAAGAAAUUUGGGCUGAUGCUGAGAGGAAAUGGAAAAGGGGAGGGUGGACGAAGAAAGACGAAACAAAGAACAAUGACUUAGUCCCAGCAUCUUUCAUGCAACUUCCUUUGAAGCGGACGUCUGUCUUACGUUCGAAGCAUCCACCUCACCUGGAGACACGGUACUUAGGUUAUAUUAACAUAUGAUUGUGUGUAGGCUUCACUCUGGACAGCUGGAGGACAUCAGACUAAUGUAUUUGUCUUUUUUGCUGCCUUUACCAUAAUGACUUCCUACACUUUAGAAUGAUAACAAAGUGACCCAAGGCACAAAUGUAGUGCCUUCCAGAGCAGUAGUAAUUUAUGUAGAAUUGAGUAUUAGCCAUAGUUUGGCCAAAAAUCGAAUUAUACACACCCACUUUACCCCAAAUGUGGUUCAUCAGACGAGACGUUUUUAGCGUCCUAAGUUUUCUUUCUUUAGUUUUACACUGGAGCUACUAAGCUAAGGUAACUGACAAGUAAUGGAAGAUCUUGGCCCAGCUAGCGUUGCACAAAUUGUAUUGUUAAGUAACGUCAAAGAGACUUGUUUUGAAAAACAGGGUAAUUGGUAGAUUUUCAUGUUGGAUGAGUGGCGGAGGUUGCCUGAAAAGCCAACAGAGCUAGCCAGUGUCACGUUAAAUGCUGACGAGGAAUACACAAAGUAAAGCUGGACAAUGUGCCAACAUGUUAGUAGUCAGAGAAAUGUAUUCUUACUGUUUCAAUGCUGACGUCAUCUAGUGUAGCAAGCCUAGCUAGUGAUUCAGCCGCGCCAAUCUGUGCUUUGUUGGGCUUCUCAAUCAUGAGUAGUGAAGUAUAACAUAAUAUACUCACAAACUUGAGCAAAACCAUUGCAUUUCACUGUAUUGUUGUUAAGUAUAUUUUCCAUAUAAGUGUAUCUUCUUGUGCUGAGAUGUAAUUAAAGAAUAGUAAAUAGUGAUUUCAGUAUUUGAAAAUUCGCAUCUCAAUUGGUUAACAAAGUACUCGAGUACCCUUGCAAAUCCCUGUAAAAAUAUGUCUUACAGUGUCAGAAACUACUUAAGCAAGUCUGUUUGAGAUUGACUAACAGCUCGAUACAGUUCAAAGCAAGUGUGUGCUGAUUUAAGAACGCGGGUAGCACGAUGCCAACUGGCGUAAAUAAGCGUCCAUUAUUUGUUAGCUGUAAUAGCUCUAGUGUAACACUAAAGACGCAGCAAAUAUGUACAGGCCACAUAUUACAUAAGUGGGAAAACUGCAUAAAUUCGAUUUUUUCACUCGGCUAUUCGAAUAUAACAAAUAUGACAUUGUUAAAAUGAAGUAAUAGUAUUAUAACACAGUAAUUCUUUUUUCUUUCUUUGCACUUUGCUGUAUGAAACAAACCACAUCACAAUGACUUGCAAUACUGCUUCAUCUUAAAAAGAAAGUUACAGGACCUGAUUAUCUUCUGAAUAGCUGAAAAAGCAGAAAGGUUUUGUCAACCUUAUUCCAUUUCAGUGUUGUUUUAUAUUUAUCUUAGUUAUUUCCAUUAUUUGAUUUCCUUAUUGUGUUGUGUAUCUGUGAAAUGUGAUAAGCUGUUGAUAGAGACUGUUUUAAUAAACUUUUCUAAAAUCAUUA